CUUCUACAGAUUGCUAUGUCUGGCGUGAAGAAGGAUGACGGGGUACAGGAAGGGGCUGACCUACCUCAGCCCUGGGAUCAGGAAAAUGCUGAUGGUAGUGCUAGGGCUAAUCCAGCUCUGAGUGACAAGAAAAAAAGGAAGGGCAAGAAGACUGAACGGGUGUUUGACUGGCCUAAGAAAAAUUACUUUGAAGUUACACGACAUGAUUCAACAGACACAGAGAGAAUGAAAAGCCUAAUCCAUCGUGUUGUCUACAUUUCCAAACUACGAGAUGAGGACAUUGACCGGGUGGAGGCUGGAAAUUACUAUGAGAGACAGCUGAAGAACCUUCAGAAUGUCCACCAGAGUGAGUCAGUGACUGGCUUGAUGCUGAUAUACAUGAAGCACAUCGUACAUGUAGUGGAGACUUCCUCAGACAUGUUGCUAGAGAUAGUGAAGGAGUUGCAUCACAGUGAAACGUCAGAUGAGGGAUUCAUCUCCAAGGCCAAGAUACUUGUCAUCUCUCAUGAUAUUCCCCAGCGCCUUUAUCAGCAAUGGUCAUUCCGGACACUGGACAUAGAAGCUCACCGUCUGGAGGCUUUUGAGCCGUCAGAAACCACAGACAAACUCAUUGUUGAUGUCCUCACCCAACUGCUAAAACUGGGCAAGUUUAUCAGCAAAACUCCCAAGCUCAAUUUCAAGAAUGCCAUGGACUCUCUGCACCAGAAUGUGCCUGAGUUUCUACCACAACAAGCUGCAAUCCACUACCUCCUGGAGGAGGACGACAACUGUAUGAUGCUACCCCGUGAGUACAUCAACACCUACACCAAGCCCUUCGACACAGCACUGGACAGUGACAAAGUGUGGCCUCUACCUACUCGACUCUUUCCCUACAACUGAUGCUCAGCCCAGAACAUAGAAACAGACAGAUUCCCACAGCAACAGCUGCAGUCACCUGGAAUACUGACAGCCAGGGUGAACCAUGUACAUAUGUAUGUUUACAAAUAAACUGUGAUAUCUAUUA